UGGCUGCUGAGUUGUUUUGAUUCAUAGUUGCAGGGAUUUUGCAGGUUGUUUUUAGCUUGUGUUUCAUCAUGACAGGAGGAUCUUUAUUAUCUGUAGACAGUGACUCGUCUUUAUGGAUAUUUGGCUACGGUUCGUUAGUGUGGAAAGUUAAUUUUCCUUAUCGACAAAAAGUCGUUGGUUUCGUCAAGGGUUUCGUGAGGCGUUUUUACCAAGGAAGCUGUGACCACAGAGGAAUCCCUGGCAAGCCGGGACGAGUGGCAACGCUUGUGGAAGAAGAMCAGGGCAUAGUAUGGGGUGUGGCAUAUGAGGUUGAGCCAGCCGAGAUACCAAAUGUAUUAAUGUACCUUGAUAUCAGAGAAAAAGAUGGAUAUAAAGCUUGUUAUACAAUGCUGAACACUAUUAAUCACCCUGAACCAUCCAUUAAAGUGAUGUUAUACAUUGCAACACCUGAUAAUACAUUCUUUCUUGGCCCGGCACCAGUUAAGGACAUGGCAAAACAGAUUAUAACAGCUGAGGGACCAAGCGGAAAGAAUUCUGAAUAUUUACUCAAUCUUGCUUCUUUUAUGCAUGGUUUGGAUAAACAUGGAGUCUGUGUAGAAGACGACCAUUUGUUUGAGCUGGAGAAACUGGUUAAACUUAAUAGCACCCAAUAAUAUCAGCUCUUUGGAAACCCAGUUCCAUCAAACUAUUGUUUUACUGUUUUUCUUCCAAGUCCAAAUGUCUGUAGAUAAGGCUGGCCUUAUUYAUGACUGACACUUCACCAGAACAAACAUUGAUUAUUAUAAUAAUAUUUUAUAUUUAAUUCUUUAUUUAUAGUGGAAUUCUCAGCAGUAAUUUUAUUAAUCUAUUUUAACAAUCUAUUUUAACAAUGUUUUAAAUUUUAACUUUUGCAUAUUUAAAACUUUUGUAAGGUCUACAAAAACUGUACAUAAAACCAGUAGACUAGCAGACUUGCGUGAUGAAUCAUAUCUUAUUAGGAAUAUUAAUCGCUGCAUUCAUAACUUGAUUUAUCACCCAUAUCACAGACAGAACAAUAGAGGUCUGUUAACAGAUAGAAAAAGUGGUCAUUUGCUGUCCAACUUCAGGAAGGUUAGUGCUCAUAUUAGCCAUACUGGUCAUAUUAGCCAAGCUGUCUGUAAUUAGUCUACUUUAUAGUGGGUGCUUAUUGCUGAGUUAUUUUUCAAGGAAUCAGUUAGGUUCUAUUUGUAUUCGCCUGGGUUUAUGGCCAUUUGGUUGGCAAAUCUAAUCACAAAAAUUUUGAAAUAACAUUUGCACAACGCUACUCAUUUCAUAUAGUUAUACUGAAACUUUAAAAGACAACCUCGAAAUCAAGAAGGGUGCCCAUAUUUAUCAGGACUGUGACGUCAUUUAUCACGUGAUAUUUCUAUAAUGCAGUCUGAAUAAGCGCUCAAAGAGCGUCUAGUUAAGGAAUCAGCCAGUGGUUGCUUAAUCGGGUUGUCGUAAGGCUUCCGGUGACCUGAUGAUCGCUUAGUUGGUAGUGUGGAGUACGGUCAAGCAGGAUUUUAAUAACACUUAUCGGAACAUUUACAAGCUCUUGAUGUUAGUCGGUCCUUAACGCCGCAAUCUCUCAUGUUUGUGUGUUUUAAAUCUAAUUAUCUCGAUGGUAAUAGAAAACACAUUGUCCGUCCUCACACGCAAACUGAAGAUGUUCAGUAGUUUUUUAAACUGUCUUGAUUUCGGCGCUAAUACUAAAGUGAAAUAAAAUAAAAGAAUGUCCAGUAUCUGGACAAUGCGUAAUAAGUGCUUUACUAUCAACAAGUUUUUAUAUCAUAUUAUUAUACACAGUGUAGAUUGAUUAUACCAUAGGGUAAUCUAUCUCAUUGACGCACUUAUUAAAAAUCAACUGGCUACAUUCAAAAA